AUGGAUAUUCCCCUCCAGACUGGUCCUCAGAAAUGGGGACAAGUCUGGCAUGGCACCAUGACCGUGCGAUCACUGAUUAGAACAGAGUCGACGCAAGAUCUUGCACCGGCUCCUGUAGUUGUAAAGAUUUUCCAGGAGAGUCUGUUUGAAGGUCCUUCCUUGUUCGAGCCUGAGACAGGCAUCGCACAAGGAGGAUGGCUGACUGGUGCCCAGCAGGCGCGGCGGGAGGCGUGGGCGUACUCCACCACGCGAUCUCUUCAAGGCCGAGAGGUUCCCUGGUCGUAUGGUAUGUUCAAGUUCCGGUUCUCACAUGGUGAGCUUGCUUUUGCACAUGUAAUGGAAUGCGUGGAAGGACAACUCGGGAAGAAUGCCUCCCUUCACGAUCCUUCUGAGGCUCAGCUUUGGCUACUGGCGGACGUUAUUUUGUCUGGCUUCUGCAAGAUGAUCCAGUGUGGUAUAUUGCAUUUCGACCUGAGUCUGCGCAACAUAAUCAUCCGACUUGGGUCCAGCUACCCUGUGGUGUUCCUCGACCUGACGUUCGCCUUCGAAUAUACCGAGUCCAUGAUCGACGACGGGGUCAUUCCGCUGAUGAUUGCCCUGCGGGACAUGGGGGCCGACAUGUACGUGAUCAAAGCAUGGCUCGACGACAGGGUCCACAGCGGCCUACCCUGGAGCCGGAUGUUUGUGCGCGGAUUUGAGCUGCGGCCGCAUUGGUUUGACCAUGUGUCGGAUAUCGUGACGCCUGAGCAUCGGAGGGAAUUGUUUGAGGGCCCGCGCUUGAAAUUGCCAUCCUCAGUCCUUCGGUUGCUCGGUGCUCACCAAAUAGAUGCCUCGUCCUGUUGA